AUGGAGCGUCUCCAGGUGUGGGGAUUCUUCAGCCUCAUCUUCGUCACCACCGCCCAGAACACUACACACAGCCCUGACCCUCGACUGUCCUACCUGCUGCUGACUCCCAGUGUCCUUUACCCUGGAGUCCCACUGUCGGUGUCGGUCACUAUCCUCACCACCUCAGAGGUCACUGUGUCUGCUCACAUCGUUCAUGGAAACCAGACCGUGGCUUCAAACUCAGACACAGUCAAAGCGGGUUCAACUAAGCUGCUGACUUUGCCUCCUACUGGCCUCCAUGUUGUGUCCCUCCAGGUCCAGGAGAACGAGUCCAGCUACUGGCUUCCCUACAGCCUGGAGGUCAAAGGUCAUGUGGGUAGAAUCCAAGUUUUCUCCAACUCUACAGAGCUGCACCUUGAACCCAAACACCUCUCCACCUUCAUUCAAACAGACAAGCUAAACUAUCUGCCUGGGCAGGAGGUGAAUAUCAGAGCGGUGUCCAUUCACCCUGAUGGGAAACCCUACAUCAGCCCAGUGGAUAUUAUCAUCAGAGAUCCAAGAGGAAACCUGCUCAGACAGUGGUUGUCUGUAGAAAGUGUCCUCGGGGUCGUGACCAGAAAGUUUCAGCUGUCUGAAAACCCUCCUCUGGGUCAAUGGAAUAUUGUCACUACAGUCAGUGGUGUUUCAACGGGGAGGCAUUUCCAUGUGCUUCAUUAUGUUUUGCCAAAGUUUGAGGUUGUAAUCCGAGCUCCAGAUGUCAUUUAUUACAAAGAUACUCUGCGGGGCUCCGUCACAGCAAAGUACUUGUAUGGGAAACCUGUUCAGGGACACAUGACUAUAACGUUCCUUCAUCAUUUUCAUGGUAUUAUAGAGGAUUAUAACAAAGAUGCAGAGAUUAAUGGCACCGAGGACUUCACGUUUAAUGUUCCUGACUACCGUUACAUGAACAAAAGAGCUGUGGAAAAGCUCUUCUAUGACGAAUACAUGGACGACCAGAGUCUAAUGAUUGUUGUUAAUGUGACUGAACACCUCACAGGUCUCACAUAUAACAGUACGGCAAAGGUUUCUUUGGCAAGACAGAAAUAUAAACUUACUUUUGAUGGCUAUCCCAAAAUAUUGAGGCCCUCAUUAAACUUUGUUGCUCGGCUGAAAAUAUCAACAUAUGAUGAUAAACCACUGUCAUUGGAGGAUCAGCAAAAGACUGUUCAAGUGUCAGUGAUGCAAGGAAAGCAAAGUCCAUGGAGUUGGAAAACGGACCACAUGGAACAAAUGAGGCCUCGAGCAUUAAACAUGUCGGGUCCUUCAGGAAUGUAUCCCCAUCCGCAGGAGAUGCCACCUAAAGACAUGGAGUUCCCUGUCCCUGCAGAUGGAGUCAUACCCAUCUACGUCCAGAUCAUGAAUGAAACUGAAACACUCAGUAUUGAUGCUUCUUUUGAGGACAGCCAAAGGACUCUUCAGCUCUACAGAAGCUACACAUCACCCAGUAACUCCUACCUGCAGAUUCAGAAACCCAAAGCACCUGCAGAGGUGGGUUUAUCCCUGCUGCUGGACAUUCAGGCGAAUUUUCCAAUGACUGAGAUUCACUACAUAGUGAAGUCCAAAGGUCAGGUGGUUUCUGCUGGGAAAAGCUCUGGUAAUCUAGAACUGGUCCCAGAAGUCUCCUGGGCUCCUCUGGCCUGCAUCAUCGUCUACUGUGUGCAUCCCGAUGGAGAGAUCGUUAACAAUGUGCUGCACCUGCCCAUCACCAAAAUCUUACAGAAUCAGGUGUCUCUGAGCUGGAGCGACAGUAAGAGGAUGCCAGGUGACAUGGCCACACUGAAGGUAGCGGUGGCGGAGCCCGGCUCUCUGGUCGGGAUCCUGGUGGUCGACAAGGCGACACAGUUGAAGGGAUCACACAAUGACAUCACCAAGGAGAGGGUGAUGGAGGAGAUUAAGGGGUACAGCGUUUCCAGGAUGGAUGCCUACUCUGACAUGUUGACAAUGGGAGAUCCAUACUCUGUCUUCAAGACAUGUGAACUUGUGGCGCUGACUGAUGCUAGUUUACAUGUUGUAGAACAUCCGCUGAGGCCUGUAUUUCCAGGGGAGGCAAUAUAUUACCUGUCCGGGACAGACGGGCCACUUAUGCAGCAACAACAGGAGCCACGAGAGCGCUCAAACUUUCCGGAGACCUGGAUAUGGAUGGAUACCAACACAGGUGAUUCAGACACAGCAGAGCUAACUCUACCAGUACCAGACAGCAUCACAACCUGGACAGCCACCGCCUUCGUCAUGUCUGAGAACCUGGGUCUGGGCGUCGUAGAAAGCCCUGCAGAGCUCACAGUGUUCCAGGAUUUCUUCCUGUCCUUGAAUCUGCCGGCCUACAUCAUCCGAGGAGAGGAGCUGCUGUUGGAGAUCAUUCUGUUCAACUACCUCCCACACAACCUGGAGGUCAUGGUGAUUGUAGCAGAGAGCGACACCUUUGAGUUCAUCUUCCCGGACAAUGAGGUGCUCUCCAUGCCCAGUGUUCGUCAUUUGUCUGUGGGGAGCAACAGUGGGAAGUCCGUCCUCAUUCCCAUCAAGCCGCUGGUCCUCGGAGAGAUCCCCAUCUCUGUGAAAGCCAUGUCGUCGGCAGCGUCUGACUUAGUUCGCAGGAUGGUGCUCGUCAAGGCCGAGGGACUCGAGCAGUCGUUCUCCACCUCCCUUCUGUUUGAGGUUUCUCCAUCGCAGCCGAGCCUUUCCAAACACAUUACGUUCACCUUCCCAGCAGAUGUUGUGGAGGGCAGCAAGAGAGCUUCAGUGACAGCCGUCGGUGACAUCCUUGGCCCGUCCAUCAGCGGCCUGGACUCUCUGAUCCAGAUGCCUCACGGCUGCGGUGAGCAGAACAUGAUCAACUUCGCUCCAAACAUCUACGUCCUCCAGUAUCUGAGCGCUACGGGACAGGCUGACCAGGAAGUGACGGACCGAGCCACAGACUACAUGACGAAAGGUUAUGAGCGAGAGCUGUCCUAUCAGAGAGCAGACGGCUCCUUCAGUGCAUUCGGAGACCAGGACCAAUCUGGAAGCACCUGGCUGACCGCGUUCGUGCUGAAGUGUUUCCUGCAGGCGCGGCCCUACAUCAGCAUCGAAGCUCAGGUGCUGCACAGAGCGGUGACCUGGUUAGUUUCCCAGCAGGGGGAUGAUGGGAGGUUUGUGGAGCCUGGCCGGGUCAUCCACACCGAGCUGCAAGGAGGCCUGGACGGACCCGUCUCCCUCACAGCCUACGUCCUCAUCGCCCUGCUGGAAGACAGUGAGAUCAGGGCUCAGUAUGGGAGCCAGGUGUCUGAAGCCCUGAUGUUCCUGGAGACCCGCCUGGCUCUGAGUGUCCCCAGUAACUACAGCCUGAGCGUGCUCCUCUACGCUCUGGCUCUGUCCGGCAGCUCCAACACCAACACAGCGCUUAGCGAGCUGACUGGACGAGCCGAGAUGAGAGACGGCGUGCCGAUGUGGUCCUCCCCAGACGCCGGCCUGUCGUCGUCGUGGCAGCCUCGCUCCGCAGACAUCGAGAUGGCGUCCUACCUGCUGCUCGCUCUGCACAAACUGGGUCACAUCGAGGGAGGUCUGAGCCUCAUGAAGUGGCUCAGUCAGCAGCGGAAUGACAGGGGAGGGUUUGGAAGCACUCAGGACACAGUCGUGGCUCUGCAGGCUCUGUCCACGUUCGCAGCUCUCGGCAGGUCUCAAGACUUCGACGUCACCAUCUCAGUGAACACGGACGCGUCAACCAAGGUCGCCUCCUUCCACAUCCACCAGAACAACUACCUGCUCCUGCAGAGUCAGCAGAUCAACCCAGAGCAGGAGCUGAACCUCCAGGUGACUGCAGAGGGUCGAGGACUCGCUCUGUUCCAGCUGAACGUGUUUUACAACGUCAGGCAUAGAGAGCUGAUGAGGAGACGAGACGCCGGCAAACACAACGCGUUUUAUCUGCACGUCGAGCUGUUUGACAUGGAUAUAUACACAGCACACCUGUACAUCUGCACCAGCCUGUCAGAGAGUCUGGGUCUGACUGCAACCGGCAUGGCCAUCCUGGACGUUGGUCUGCUGAGCGGCUUCAGUCUGGCACCAGAAGGCUUCCCGACCGAUGAGGUCGUAAAGAAAGUGGAAGCAGAGCCGGGGAAAGUCAUCAUGUACCUGGACUCUGUGACGACAGAGGAGCUGUGUCUCACGAUCCCUCUGGUCAUGGAAUAUAAAGUCACCAAAGUCCAGGAGGCGACUGUUUCCAUCUAUGAUUAUUAUGAACCAAGACGGAGGACGGUGAGGACGUAUACAUCAGAGUGGAGGAGUGAAAUGUCCACCUGCUCCUUCUGUGGUGACGACUGCAGCGACUGCCAAGCCGACGACUAUUAUGAGCUCAGUUCUGCGUCACGCAGCAGCAGAAAUGUUCUGUCGAUCAGUUUACUACCUGCUCUGCUCCUCAUCUUCAGUUUGUAAAUAAAAUCAAACAAACACUAGUUCAGAUUUAGAUGUAUAAAUUUGUCAGCACCAACUUUUUGUGAAAGGUGUAACAUUUCUACAUGCUCAGUGACAUGACUGAGUUUGUUUUCAUUGCUGAAAAUCAAUGUAAAAACUCAUCUGUGAUCUUAGUUUAACACUUGGACGUACAAACUAGAUUUGUAAUAGUUUGGAGUUAAUAUGAAACUUAAAAAGUUGUGACGUCACUUGUACCUGGUACUGGUACCUGUGUAUUCGUAGAUUCUUGAUUUUUUUAAUGAGGCAGAAGGAGUAGACGUAGUUUCUGUGGAAAAAUCUUCAAACAUGACUGGAGCCUCAGGUUUAAGUCGCCAGGAAACUUUAUUUUAAUGGUGUUUUAGAUCUGUAAACUGGCAUGUUUACAUUCAUACAUUCCUGUUCCUAAGAUUAUAAUGAACCAGUAACAAGCUGGUUGGAUUAAAGCAGCUGGAUCAGAGCUGGAAUAAAAAACAAAGAGCUUUACACAGCUUUAAGUAAAUCAAUAAAUCUAUUAACUUGUUAUAAAGUCAAAGCUUUGCUUGUAGUACUGAACUCACUGAGAAUCAACAGCUCUGUGAAGCUUUUUAGCCUCAUUUCGCUCAUAUUUCUGGUUUUACAGGACAUUUCCUGUAUGGUUCAGCCUCAGCAUCCUUGCUUCCAGCAGCUCUGAUAAACCCAACACCAAACAGCUGUCAGGCAAAGUUAUCCAGGUAGUUCCCUCAGUAGCUGGAGGAGACCAAAACAGAGCU